GAAACUUUUAGUGAGAAAUUUUUGUUGAAAAGACAACCGUUUUACAUAGUGAGUGUGAAUUGUGAUGCAUCUCCCGAGUAGCCAGAACUUGGCGAGGAUGACGGAUAUGUACCAAUCGCUUCAAGAGUCCCUACAGGAGUACCAUGGGGAGUUGGUGCAGACAGGGAGUCCUGCGAUCCUUUGUAGUGUUCUGCCGACACAUUGGAGAUCUAACAAGAGCCUACCGAUAGCUUUUAAGGUUGUGGCAUUGGAUGACGUUCCGGACGGAACCAUAGUCAGUCUAAAGGCGGGAAAUGAUGAAAACUAUUGUGCGGAGUUAAGGAACUGUACAGCCAUCAUGAAGAACCAAGUGGCCAAGUUCAACGACUUGCGAUUCGUGGGCAGAAGUGGAAGAGGGAAGAGCUUUACCUUAACCAUCACGAUCAGUUGUGCUCCCUUCUACCAAAUGGCGACGUAUAACAAGGCUAUUAAGGUCACCGUAGAUGGACCCAGGGAACCCAGGACCAAAUCAAAUUUCCAGUACGGAUAUGGUAUUCCUGGACUCCCAGCCGGGUUCAACCCGUUCCUGCUCAGCCCUGGAUGGCUGGACGCUGCCUACAUGACUUACGCUUUUCCUGACUACCUUAGGCACAGGAGUACGAACAUCAGCCAGCAACCUAGUGUACAUCCAUCUUUAGUAAAAGGUACCACGAUACCUCCAACCGUCCACACAUCACCACACGACUUCUACGUUCAACCCCCGGCACCUGCUGCAGCCCCUACUUUCCACCCUGUUGCUGCUAAUUUCUUGCCAUCGCUUCCGGUAUUUCCCCAGGACCUGCACAAACCUGGAAGCUUCGACUUAGCGUUACGACCCAUGGUUUCAACGUCAUCAGAGCAAAGAUUAUCACCUAUUUCCAACAGUGACAGUCCGCAGCUAUCUUCAAGCGCUCAAGAAACCAGGAUACACUCCACAGUCGAUCAGAGCUCUUCUGCUUCUGAGCAUUCUGAUGAUGAAGACAUUGAUGUAGUGAAGUCUGCGUUCGUGCCUAUCAAACCUGCCAAUGUGUUGUUGCAAGAGUUUCAGCAUCCUGACUCAACAGUGCAAGAUAAGGAGCCAAGUGUCAAGAGCAAAUGCGAGCUAAAAGCGCCUAGCUCCAGAAGUAUCAGAAAUGUGACGACGAGUCCAAACACGAAGCUACACACGUCUGGAAGUACGACCAAAUCAGUUUGGAGACCGUAUUAGAUGUGCAACUAAACAAAGCUUCAAUGUAGAGACGAAAUCUGGAUUUGUCAGAGUUGAAGAUUUUAUGUCACCGUUGAUUCAGACAUUUCUGCGUCUCAGAUUGCUGGCGAUGAAGACUGACAGAAGGGAAUUCAGCUGGAACUCGAAUUUCUUACCUGUUCCUAAGGUUUUUUACGGUGUUACAACUUCUGCGCUGAUGCCCACCAAACUGCAUAAAAGUCAAACAUUCUGAUGGAAGACUUGAAUAUAUAAAAUGAAGAACUAAGACCCAGCGUAUAUUGAACAAAGUCAGAUCUAAAGAUCUUGAACAUAAGGCUACAUAUGCCUUUGCGAUGUAAGACUCGUGAGCCAUAUAUGCAUGCUUAUAUUCAGAGUUUCCGCAAAGUUGGGGUUUUCCUUUUCAGAGACAACUACGCUUGAUAUAACAAAGCUUAUGUGUGGUGAAACGUGAGCGACCAAGUGAAUAUAAAAAUAAACGUCGUGUAAAGGAAAACCAUAACUUUGCGGAAACACUGUAUAAUUGUGGUAGUCACUCAACAUCAAGUUAUGUUUUGACUAUCUGUUGACAUUCCAUGGUUCACGAGAUUCUAUCGAUUACCAAAUGAUGGGUUUUGAGACCAUAACGGUAUUGUUUUUGUUUCUGUUGUUGCAAUAUUGAUUUAUUUAUUUGUAUAUAUAUGAUGUGUAAAUAUAUGUUAGAUAAUGUCUAAGGAGAGAGAUUUUAAUGAAUUUUACAGUGUACUGCCGAUGUGAUAGCAGAUGUAAUAGAUUUCUAGGUAUUUUUGUACACGCGCCGCGCCCUGAAUUCUCUGACGAGAAA